AUGAAAAUGGCUCCGCAGAAUGCCGACUCAGAAUCUAUGCAAGUUCAAGAGUUACCUGUGCCCCUGCCGGACCUGCAGAAGCCCGGAGCCUCAGAGGCCGAGACCCGCGAUGAGACCAUCAGUGAGGGGUCCAUAGACCGGAUCCCCACACGCCUGUGGGUGAUGCACGGGGCGGUGAUGUUUGGCAGGGAGUUCUGUUACGCCAUGGAGACGGCCUUGGUCACGCCCAUACUGUUGCAGAUUGGCCUUCCGGAGCAGUACUACAGUCUCACCUGGUUCCUGAGCCCCAUCCUCGGCCUCAUCUUCACGCCCCUCAUCGGGUCUGCGAGUGACCGGUGCACCCUGAGCUGGGGCCGCCGGCGGCCGUUCAUCCUCGCCCUCUGCGUCGGCGUCCUCUUCGGCGUUGCGCUUUUCCUCAACGGCUCUGCCAUUGGACUAGCCCUCGGCGAUGUGCCCAACCGGCAGCCCAUUGGCAUCGUCCUCACCGUGCUGGGGGUGGUGGUCCUGGACUUCAGCGCAGAUGCCACCGAGGGGCCCAUCCGCGCCUACCUGCUGGACGUGGUGGACAGCGAGGAGCAGGACAUGGCACUCAACAUCCACGCCUUCUCUGCUGGCCUGGGCGGGGCCAUCGGCUACGUGCUGGGCGGGCUGGACUGGACCCAGACCUUCCUGGGCUCCUGGUUCAAGACGCAGAACCAGGUGCUGUUCUUCUUCGCCGCCAUCAUCUUCACGGUGUCGGUGGCCCUGCACCUGUGCAGCAUCGAGGAGGAGCAGUACAGCCCGCAGCCCGACCGCGGCCUGGAGGAGGCCGACACCCUGGCCGGCGCCAAGCUCGGCGGUCCCGUGCCGCCCACCCCGCGCCUGAGCGCGCCAGACGAGGGCGAGCAGUACUGCGGGCCGAGCUGCUGUUCCUGCACGGCAUCGAGCCCUCCAUCUUCCACGAUGCCUCCUACCCCAGCAGCCCCUGCAGCACCAGCCAGGAGCUCCCGGAGGCCAAGCUGCCCCGCCUGUCCACCUUCCUCAGGGAAAACGCGAGUGAGGACGACACCUUGCUCGAUAAUCACUUGAACGAAGCUAAAGUCCCAAACGGAAGUGGCUCCGCUCCCAGGGACGUCCCGGGCGGCCACCCCAGGGCGGACGGGAGGCCCUCGGCCGCAGCGGGCUCCGUGCGGCGGCGCAGGCACCUGUUCCGGCGGCAGGCCUCCAGCACCUUCUCCUACUACGGCAAGCUCGGCUCCCACUGCUACCGCUACCGCCGCGCCAACGCCGUGGUGCUCAUCAAGCCGUCCCGCAGCAUGAGCGACCUCUACGACCUGCAGAAGCGGCAGCGGCAGCGGUGCCGGCACCGCAACCAGAGCGGGGCCACCAACUCCAGCGGGGACACGGAGAGCGAGGAGGGCGAGGGCGAGACCACCGUGCGCCUGCUCUGGCUGUCCAUGCUGAAGAUGCCGCCCGAGCUGACGCGCCUGUGCCUGUGCCACCUCCUCACCUGGUUCUCCGUCAUCGCCGAGGCCGUGUUCUACACCGACUUCAUGGGCCAGGUCAUCUUCCAGGGCGACCCCAAGGCGCCAUCCAAUUCCACCGCCUGGCACGCCUACAACGCCGGGGUGAAGAUGGGCUGCUGGGGCCUGGUCGUCUACGCAGCCACUGGUGCCAUCUGCUCAGCCCUGCUACAGAAGUACCUGGACAACUACGAGCUGAGCGUCAGGGCCAUCUACGUGCUGGGCACCCUGGGCUUCUCCGUGGGCACAGCUGUGAUGGCCAUGUUCCCCAACGCCUACGUCGCCAUGGUCACCAUCAGCACCAUGGGCAUUGUCUCCAUGAGCAUCUCCUACUGCCCCUACGCCCUGCUGGGGCACUACCACGACAUCAAGCAGUACGUCCACCACAGUCCCGGGAACUCCAAGCGCGGCUUCGGCAUAGACUGCGCCAUCCUGUCCUGCCAGGUCUACAUCUCCCAGAUUCUGGUGGCAUCCGCCCUCGGGGGCGUGGUCGACGCAGUGGGGACUGUUCGUGUCAUCCCCAUGGUGGCCUCCGUGGGCUCUUUCCUGGGCUUCCUGACGGCCACGUUCCUGGUGAUCUAUCCUGAGGCCUCAGAGGAGGCGAAGGAGGAGCAGAAAGGCCUGUCCCCACAGCCCUGCGGCAAAGGUGGGGACGAUGGCGGCGGGGGGCCCAGUGAGAAGCCCACCGUGCUGAAGCUGUCCCGGAAGGAGGGCCUGCAGGUGGAGGCGGAGUCCGUGGUCUGAGCCGCACCCCCGUUUACACACACUCCACGCGGUGGGCACAGGCCCGGGCCACCCCUUGCAGGAGAGGCGCUGGCGCUGGCGUGGUUGCUGACGCGGAGUUCCUUCGUGCCGUUGCCAGCCGGAGGGCCAAGCAGGAACGCCAGACAGACGCACCGCACUGAUGGCCUUUUCCCAAUUAAAGAAAAUCAUUUGAAAUCU